UUAUCGUGACGUCAUAGUUGCCAAGUUUACUGUAAACUCUAAGCUGAGAGACUGACGGACUUCAGUCUGAUUUCUCGAAAUAUCGAAGAUUUUAAGUUGCCCUUGUGUUGUAUCAGGCAAUUACCAUGUCUAAAACCAUUGGAGUGAAAGUUGUUGCAAGAUGUCGGCCAUUUACAGAUACCGAACAGGGAAAAGGAGCAAAACGAAUCAUCAAAAUGAGCGGAGAUAAAACAACUGUUCAAAAUCCACACGGAGAAGGCUCUGGGCAGGAACACACAUUUGCAUUGUCAUCUAGUUAUUUUUGGGAUGCCAGAUCAAUUCAGAUAUACAAGGAAGAAUGUGAACCUAUGUUAAAGGAUGCCCUCGUGGGAUAUAACGUGACUAUUAUUGCCUCUGGUCAGAGCGGUAGUGGCAAGACUCAUCUUAUGUCGGGUACAGAAGAUGAUCCUGGGAUUGUGCCCAUGAUGAUAAGAAGUCUUUUCAAGCAUUUGGAUUCUGAUUCUAAAAAGGAAUUCUUUGUGACAGCAUCAUUUCUUGAGAUUAUGGAUGAAAACAUUACUGACCUACUAAAUCCGCACAGCAAUGAGAUGAAGAUAAGACAACACCCACAAGUUGGCAUCUUUGUUGACGGCCUCUCUGAGAUUGUAGCUGUAAGUAGUGAGGAGCUAUCUGAACUGUACAACCAAGGAAACAAGGCAAGAAAGAUGGGUACAUCCGAUAUAAGGGCUCAUCGACAAAGAGCUCAUGGAUUCUUUACUAUCACUGUUGAACAACGAGAUGAGAACAGCAGCUCUCAUGGUUUAAGGUCCAAGAUUCUGUUUGUUGAUCUAGCUGGUUCUGAAGGUGUACAGAAUAAAGACAUAAGCCUAAAUGCUUUGAAUGCUGUUGUAAACUCGCUUGGAGAUCCACGUAAGAAGGGUGGUCAUGUUCCGUACAGAGACUCCAAGAUGACCAGGCUUCUGCAGGACUCGCUUGGCGGCAAUGCAAAGACGUUGAUAUUUGCUGCUGUUUCACCUGCGGACUCCAGCUAUAAUGAAAUGGUAUCAACUCUUAAAAUGGCUCAGACUUGUCACAACAUCACCAACAACGUCAAGAAAAAUGCUGAUGACAGUUCACGAAUGUUAAAUGAGCUUCGAGAUGAAAUCUCCCGCUUAAGGGAGAAAUUAGCCACCAGUAACUUGAAUGAUGCCACUAGCAAGGAAGAUGUGAUUAGAAUGCAGGAUCUAAUCAAAGACCUCCAGAUAGCUAAAAAGCAAACUUGGGAAGAAAAAGAGAGAUUGUCUGUUCAGUAUGAAGAAGACAGAAAAGUAAAUCUGGCAAACAAGGAGCUCAGGGCACAAAACAGAGAUCUUCAAUCAAAUCCAAAAAUGAGAGCAAUGGUAAUGGAAGAAGAACGAAAAAGACUGGAAAUCGAAAACGCUGCUCUCUUGAAGGAAGAACUGGAAAGAAUGAAACUGGAAGUAGACCAACAGAGAGCAGAAAUACAGAUGAAAGUGGCACAGGGUAAGACAUACACGACGGAGGAAGCAAUGAAACUUGAAAUAGAGCUGAUGAAGGAGAGAGAGGAGAGGAGCGUUGUGGCUAGGCAGCUUGAAGGGCUGGACUUGGAGAAGAGUGUCAUACAACAGGAGCUUGACGAGGCUUAUCAGAAGCACUCAGAGGAGCUGGAAAUCCAACAACUACAGCAUUUCCAAACAUUCCGCAAUUAUCGUGAGGUUUUUGAAGAACAGAAAGCGGCUUUGGAACAGCGCUUCCGUGGGCUCCUGGAGGAUGCGAUUCAAGAUGCUGUAUUUCUUUCCACUCGCAACGCAGAACUUGUGCAGGAGAAUCAGGCUCUUCAACAAGAAAUUGCGGAGUACAAAGACAAGCUGUCAAUCAAAGGUGGUGGAGCUGGAAGUCGACCAAACUCAAGUGUGACAAGGAAUUAAAUAUUUUUAUAACAAAUCUAUGUAUUCACCAUGGAAACAAAAUACAGUACCAACAUUAUAUGCUCUAAUGUGCAUAAGGCCCAGUUGGUCAUGUGAAUCAGAAUCAUUUUCUUAGAUGGGAAGGGUUAUAACUUAAUUUCAUAUGAUUUAUUUGUUCCAGUACCUGUAUAAAUGAUAUUAGAUUUGAAAGCGAGACAGGGACAAUCAAGCCAACAAAAUUGUCAAAAAAGGUGAAGAUACCAAUUCUUGUAUAAAAGAACUGAGAUCAAAUUAAUGUUUGGACCAUUUAAAGGCUUAGCAGGCUACAGAGGGAUAGUGUCAGACGUAUAGACCAAGCUAAUUAU